GUCCCUAGUACAUCUUCUUCUUCUUCCUCCUGGCUGUGAAUGGACCCGCCAAUCCAACCCUUUUUUACCAUUCCCUUCUAUUUAUUUCCCUAAAAUCUCUCCUAAAUUAGAAAGGAAAAAUGAAAAACACUUUCUUGUUCCUUCACCUCCACAAAACCAUAAUCCUUUUCUGAAGGUUGAUUUUAUAAUGAGAUAUGGUGGGUUUAAGCAUAGUUUUGGAGACCCCAAAGAGUGGUAGUGCCCUGCAAGUUAUCAACAAAGUUACCAUGAUGAUCAACAACAAACCUACUUCCCCUCCUGGUUUUUCUUCUUCUAGAAAUCAUUCUCCACGCUUCUCUUUUCCAGUCCCCACUUUUCUUGAUCAGUGUUUCUUUUGUGGACAGAAACUCUUGCCUGGCAAGGAUAUCUACAUGUACAAAGGAGACAGGGGGUUUUGCAGUGUGGAGUGCAGGUGCAGGCAGAUAUUUUUGGAUGAAGAAGAGACAUUGAGGAAAGAGAACUGUUCAUUUGCUGCAAUGAAACCAACUGGUGCUUCUGCUUCUGCUUCUGCUAAAAGUACUUCUUCUACUGCUGCUUCCCGUCACCGCAAAGGCACAAGGAACCGAGAGGGUGGUUUUGCAUACUGAUGAAAGCCUUGACGAUACAGGUCUUUUGUUUCCAGUUUUGCCCUUGCUGCUUUUUGUAAUGACAUUGCUGUCCCCUGCCGAUUUGCUCCAACUGGGAAGCACAGGAGGGUAUUUAACUAUUUAAUUAUAAGUUCUUAGCCCCCACGUAUCUAUGGAUGGAGCCCAUGCGUUCCUUGCCCAAAAAGUAAGGACAGUAAUGUAUUUAUGGCCAUCUAAACGUGAUUAAUUGGUACACCGAGUUCAUGGAUUGUGGUUUUUUAUUCAA